AUGGCCAAAACUUCACAUUUAAUUUACAUUUUAGUCGUCGGUUCUAUAUUCUGGACAAUUGGUUACUCGUCGUCGUUGCAAGCGACAUCGAAUACCCUCAACGGCCAACAUCUUCAUGUUAUCUGGCCGCUCUGGAGUGGAAACCCUAAAGGGAUGCCGGGGCCGCUCAAGGGUGGAGUCAUUCUCGAUUACUUCGCGAUCCGUUUUAAUUUCACAUACGAGAUGGUCAGAGUUACGGAAAUUGUGUUUGAGCCACCGGUAAACGGGCGGGGACUUUUCAGUUAUUUGUUUGAUCAGCAAUGCGACUUGUUACUUCACGAUGUGGUCCAAACGGACAAGAGAUUUAAAAUAGUCGACAUGACUGUGCCUUGGGUUUAUAGCAGCAUCGCUCUGCUUAUGCCCGUUCAGGAUGACUCGGCUAACGUCAACGCUGUCAUCAAACCAUUCCAAUGGCCGGUGUGGUUGGGAAUUGUCGUUUCGAUGGUUUGCGUCAUAUUAGCCCUGAUUGUUCUGCAAAGGAAUAUGGCACACCACCCAUCAGAACAAUCAAGAAAUCCAAAAGACGAUGAAAAAGAUGAAACCGGUGGUCCUACUGCAACUGUACACCCCGGAACACAAUACAUCUACGUGUUUGCCAGUUUGCUUUCGCAAGGUGGCCAUGGCACAUCGAACCGCCUAUCGUAUCGCCUCGUCGCUGGCGUUUGGUGUUUAGCCGCUUUUGUUUUCGUUCAAGCCUACACAUCGACUCUCUUCACUUACGUAGUGACUCCAGUCAACCCUCCGCUAGCCAAAUCCGUUUACGACUUGGCCGACAAAGAGGAUGUUAACGUCCUGGUCCGGAAGGAAGGAAUCAUAGAUAUUUUGGUUUCGAAGAAAAACAAAUCAGACUUGCUGUACUCAAUUUUAUGGGACAAAAUCAACUCUUUCUCGCAAUCCCGAUGCAGCCUGAUGUCCGACUGCAUGAGUCUGUUAAAACCAGGAUCGAAAAAUAUUUUGGUGGACGCAUCGGCUUACCUAAGGGACGCGAUCAGACAAGACUUCAAAAAGACGGGGAAAUGCAACUUGCAACUGGCGAGAGAUGGCUUCUCAAAUGCAAUUAUUUCAUUUGCUCUACAGAAAAACAGCAAAUACACCAAGACUGUUGAUCAAGGGAUGUUGGAGCUCAUGCAAACUGGCAUUAUCGACUACUGGGACUUGUGGUUCCGCCCGAUGCCACUUCAAUGUCUGGACAACAUCAAAAGCGUUUACAAACCACAAAACAGCAAAACCCUGAAGAUGAAAAAUCGUCCGCCUGCUCUGACCCUCAAGAACUUGACCGGGGCUUUUAUUGUCCUUGCGCUUGGAUUCAGUCUAUCCUUUUUGGCUUUCCUUUGCGAGCAGAUUAUUUCCAUUCUUACCCGCCGCAGUCGUCAAUUGCAAAAAUCCCGGAGUAAUACAGCAAAUUCGCGAUUGGAAAAAGCCCGGAGUAAUACUGGAAGGUCUGGCGAAAUGAAUCAAGAGCUAGCGGUCAAUGUUGAGGUUGAACUUAACACUCUCUCGAAUGAAAUUAACACACAAGAAGAACCCGCAAAUGACGUUGAGAUCGGGUCUGUAAAUUUAUGUGUCGAAAUGAUUAAAAACCAAUCCACGGACAAUGAAAUUAAUACGCAAGAGGAACCCGCAAUUGACAUUGAGAUCGGCCACUAUGGAGUGGAAACCCUGAAGGACUCGCUGGGCCGCGUCACAAGGAUUUCAUGGCACAUCAAAUCGCCUACCGUAUCGCCUUGUCGCUGGCGCGUUUGGGGUCUAGCCGCUUUCGUUUUCGUUCAAGCCUACACAUCGACGCUCAUCACUUACGCGUAA